AUGAUGGAGAUCCUGGAAGAAACUCAGCUCUGCUUUCCACAACUCCUCAACACCUCCUGCAGGAAGCAAAAGAGCCCUCACACUGUGGCUGUUCUAAUUUACGUCCUGCUGUCCGCCAUCGCUCUUCUCACUGCAGCUCUCAACCUGCUGGUCCUCAUCUCCAUCUCCCACUUUAAGAAGCUCCACACCCCCACCAACCUCCUCCUCCUCUCUCUGGCCGUCUCAGAUUUCUCCGUGGGGCUCCUCAUGACUUUUCAGAUUCUCCUCGCAGACGGCUGCUGGCUUCUCAGUGACCACAUGUGUGUUCUGUAUGGCGUCUUAGACUACAUCACCACCUCCGCCUCAGUAGGAACCAUGGUUCUCAUAGCUGUUGACCGCUAUGUGGCCAUUUGUGACCCCCUGCGCUACCCCACCAAAGUCACUGUGAGAGGAGUUACAAUCUGUACUUGCCUUUGUUGGGUCUGUUCUGCUCUGUACAACAGUCUCAUCCUGCAGGAUAACUUCCGACAGCCCGGCAGGUAUAACUCCUGCUCCGGAGAGUGUGUGGUUGUCAUUAACUACAUCGCAGGGGUUGCCGACCUUAUUUUGACCUUUAUUGCUCCUGUCGCUGUCAUCAUAGUUCUGUAUCUGAGAGUGUUUGUGGUGGCUGUGUCCCAGGCUCGUGCCAUGCGCUCUCACAUUAUGGCCGUCACAUUUCAACGUUCGGGGACCGUGCUCGCUCAGAAAUCUGAGAUGAAGGCAGCCAGGAUUCUCGGCGUUGUGGUAGUCGUGUUCCUGACAUGCCAUUGCCCAUAUUACUGUUCCUCUCUUGUGGGCCAGAACACUUUGUUUGAUGUCACAUCAGUGCCCUCAGAGAUCUGGCUGUUCUAUCUGAACUCCUGUCUAAACCCGGUGAUCUAUGCCUUUUGUUACCCCUGGUUUCUGAAAUCUGUCAAGCUCAUCGUUACAUUUAAGAUACUCCAGCCUGGCUCCUGUGAGGCCAACGUAAUAAGGGGAGAGAAUGUGUAG